AUGGGCUUUGAUUUUCUGCAGCACUGCGUUAUGGAGGACGCGGAUGAGACGGUUCGGUUUCUGUUGCAAAAACAGAUGGCCAAACGGAGAAUUCUCGUCGACGCAAUUGUGAGCAGGUUUUCGGAAAAACUGCAAGAGGAUCUGCUGCCCGGAAUGGUGAUUGUGGACGAGGACGUGCUGCAAUUGUGUUUCCACUACGAAGAAGAAGAAGACGAGAAGAGCGAGAGCGAAAUUGAAGCAGAAGGCGGAACAAAAGAAUCAGAUAACCAAGAGCAUGUAUCACGUCCUGCAGCAACUACGAAUAACAAACCUCCCCGCCGCAAAUCCAUCACGGAAGUGAUCAAAGCCCACAAUACAACCGGAUCCGCUUUGUCGCGACACGCCGCUCGCCGGACGAACAACGCGGACGAGCUGUCACGGAUGUGGCAGCAGACCCAAAACCAGGGCCGGCGGGCGACCAAGACGCAAGAGCUAUCGGCGUUCAAGUUGGCGGAGCAGUUUUCGAAGUUUGUGCUCGUGGACAUAUUCAAAAACGUUCUCCUGGAAGACGAGACCACGUGUAGGCCCAGGAUAGAAGCAAUUGGAUCUGAUUUAUCCGCUCAAAAUUUAUCUAAUCCUGGAAAAGCAAAAGGUCCGAAGGAGUUGCAGUUUCUCAUUUCCGUUUUUCACGAAGAGGCGACUCUGUACCUCUCGCUGGUGAAGGUGGUGAGGAAGAGGAAACAAAAUGCGACAGCAGCAGGGAAUAGUGUAGUAGAAGCUGGCGGGAUCAUGGCGACCCGCAAAGGAACGAAGGAUGGCGUUGACGAUCAAACCUCCGGCGAACGUGUUCGUGAGGAGCAGGAACAGGCCACCUUGAUCGGUUCGUAUUUCGACUGCAGCGUCGUGUACUUGCGGUUGUGUAAUCUAGACGUUGGAAAACUGCAACAGAAAUCUUUCGACACAGUUUACGUGCUCCGCGCAAAGGUGACCACCGAAGUAGGGUCGUGUUGCACGGAGUUUCAGAUAGGUGUGGAUUAGCUCAGAAAAAAGGAAUACAUACCGUAAAAAUAGAACAACGGAGAGUACUCGCGCUCGCCACUUCUGCAAAAGAGGUUGGAAUAAAGGACUAAAAUUGUACUAUAAGCGCGGAUAAAAAUGGCCGAGAAAAGGCAAGAUCGAAGUCGAAGUUGAUUUGGAAACGCCGGUUCUUUGCGCUC